UGUGCCCAUUUGGACAAUACGGGUUGAAUUGUGAAUUACGUUGUGACUGUAUGAAUGGCGCCAAUUGCAACAGGACUACUGGACAAUGUGAAUGUUUGCCUGGAUGGAGAGGAGAGAGUAGCAAUGACGUUUCAGCUUGUUUGAAAGGCUACUUCGGUCGUCACUGUUCACAGACAUGUCGCUGUUCAAACCAAAAACCGUGCGAUCACAUUACUGGAAAAUGUCAAUGUCCCAAAGGUUACACAGGCCAUGGAUGUACUGAGCUUUGUCCAGAAGGGACAUAUGGAGAAGGAUGUAAGAAAAAGUGCGAAUGUAACGACAACUCCGACUGUGAUCCAAUCAGUGGAAAAUGUUAUUGCAAACUUGGCUAUUUUGGUGAAGAUUGCAAAUCUGGUGAGUUUUGCAUUUUUCCACUCUGAUA